AUGUCGACAGAUGAUUUUUGCUCCACACUACAGGAAUCUUUUGAGCCUGAGAUCGUAGAAACUUUUCAUCUCAAUGUAUUUGCGCACCUUAUAACGGAUUUCUACAAUGCUAUCGAAGACGAAUUCCCGGAACCAAUCGAUAUAAUCCCAUCUACCUCCGAUUAUCUAGUGAAUGACUUUAAAAAUCUUCUAGAUGAAUUCGACAAUCGUUAUACAUCUGUUCAUAAAAAUCUGAAAAAAAUACAAGAGAAUGACAGGAAGCUGAAUUCAGUCAACAUUGAUUCACGUGACUUUGAAGAUCUACAAUUUUUCGUGAAUCCGAACGAUCUUUCUGAUGAAAUUGAAAUAGAUCGUGUUAUAGAACAGAUGGAACUAAUGUUAACCCAAAAAGAAUGUGAGCAUGCUUCUAUUUCUGCUGCUGCUGAAGAAGAAGCAUUUCUACAGGAGGAGCUUGUUGAGCAAAUAGAUACACUCGAGUCACUACUCGUAUCAGGGCACGUUAGUCUCGAUGAAAAACAAAACAAGCAUCUUCAAAUGGAGUACACUGAAGAUUUGGGAAUAUUAAAUCAGUGCUCACCGUAUAUCACACUGCAGUUUAAUUUACAGGUAGUUUCACCUGUAGAGGAUGAAAAUUCAACGCCUCUUUUUCGAGGACUUCCAGAGAAAGGAAUAUUUGACAGUAUAAUAAUGCGUGACAUCAAAGUUACAGGCUAUCAUGAAAGUCUUGUGAAUCUAUGUCAAAGUUUUGCGUCAGCCUUGUUCCCUGGUGCCAUUGUAGCCUGCUUUCAACUUCAAUCAUGUGUAGAUAUGACGUUGACUGAAGAUAUACGCCGACUGGGCUCACUUUACGCUCUGAACUGGAAUCCACGUUCACGUUGUUUACACCUUUUAACGGAUCAUGGAGGUACAGCAAAAGCUACUAUACAUAUAGCUCCAAAUGGUUCUGUCAACCUCGUGACAGUCAAAAAGCUUCCGAAUUCGGAUCAAUAUGGGUCAUGCGACUUUAUCCCUCCGAUGUCGUGGUGUUUGGAUGAAUGGAUGAUGGAAAUCAAUGACUUCUCUCAUUCGGAUGAUUUCUAA